AUGCAGGUCUUGGCAGAGAAAGAAGCGAACUUAAGAAAGAUCAUCCAGGACAACUACGCGAAGAUCGGGGCGGUGGAGAAGGAGCUGGAGGCGCUGCACCUGGAGGUGAAGCUCACGUCGGGGUCCAAGAAGGCGGGCAUGGAGCUGCUAAGGCAGAAGAUCGAGCAGAGCACGGAGAAGGCCAGGCUGCUGCGCAAGAAGGAGGAGCAGGCCAAGAAGGUAUGGGAGGCAGCAGCGAAGCUGGUGGAGGAAGAGGAGCAGAAGAAGCAGCAGCUGUGUGAUGACCUUAGAAUGAUGGUGCAGCAGAACGCGCUGCAGCAGUAUGAGCGGCUGGAGGCGCUGACGCACAAGCUGGACGCACUCAACCCCGAGAUGAGAGGGCCCGCCCUGGAGGCCAUUCAGGGCCUGCGCGCCAAGAUCGCCCCCCACGGCGUCCUCCCCGUCUAUGUGAGCCUCUCCGCCCUCCUCCUCCCUUCCGUCCCUCACCAGCUUGCUCUCUACCCUUCCAUCUCAGCGCAAGGCAGGGAGGCACCUGCGUCUGCCCAGGGCACGUGCACCCCAUCAGCUGCUCCUGCGGACACCAGCAGCAGCACAGCACCCGCCUCAACGGCAGAUGCUCCAGCCACCACCCCCAAAGCCCAGGGGACAGAGUGUGACACGCAGAGCCAACGGCAGGAAGGUAGCUCUGGCGCCACAGCAGCAGCAGCAGCAGCAAAUGGCAGUAAAGGAACAGAUGGGGGAGGAGCACCAGCAGUGCGACUGUCCAUAAGCCGUGGGAGAGGCAGGGGGCGGGGGAGGGGCUUGAUUGCCAAGGGGGGAAACAAGGCAGGAGGGGAUGGGCAGUGGACGGGUGCAGGGUUUGAUGUUGAAGACGAGAGCAUUGCAUGA